AUGACCACCAACGGCUUUUCUGCCCCCCUCUUCACUCCCGGGGCCCUGCCCCCCGGCAAGGACAAGCACCACAUUGUCGUCCUCGAAGGCAUCCACGCCAGCAUGCCCAGCUUCGACUUCCCCCACACAAUCGACAUCUACCCACGCACCACCCCGGCCGAAGUCGCCGAGCGCAUCAAAGACGCCACGAUUGUCAUCGCUUGUGUGGUCCCAGUCACGCCGCAUGACAUGGACAAGGCCCCUCAUCUGGGUAUUCUGGCGGUCAUGGCCGUGGGAAUCCAGUGGGUGGAUAAGCAGGACUGCGCACGGCGAGGCGUCACCGUGACCAAGUGUCCCGGCGGCAAUGUCGACGCCGUCACGGAGCAUUUCCUCGGGCUGUACUUCGCAGCGCGGAAGCGCAUCGUCGAGGUGCACAACGCCACGACCAAGACGAACGAGUGGCUCGAAAAAGGGACCCUCACAAAGAUGUGGCCGUCUGGCCCGCCCAUGGGCUGUCGACAAGAGACGUUGGGUAUCAUGGGGUACGGGACUCUGGGGACCAGGCUCGAGACACUUGCAAAGUCCGUCGGAUUCGGCGAGGUUUUGGUCAGCGAGAGGAAGAACGCCUCGACUGUCCGUCCGGGGAGGGCGUCCUUUGACGAAGUCUUGAAGAGGGCGACGGUGAUCGGGGUGUGUUUGCCCAAGGACCACGACACGAUCGACCUGAUCGGCGAAACGGAGCUGCGCAUGAUGAGGAAGGACGCACUGGUUGUCAACAUCGCGCGGGGCGGCAUCGUCAAUGAACGCGCCCUGGCGACGGCGUUGAAGGAGGGCUGGAUCGCCGGCGCCGCGACGGAUGUCUUGGAGACGGAGCCUGGAGGUCCAGGCACGAGCCCGCUGAUUCCGGACGUUGCGAAGGGGGAAGACGAGGUGCCGAAUUUGACCAUUUCAUCCCACAUCGCGUGGUUCACGCAGUCCACGAUCCAGAACUACCAGCGCCUCCUGAAGGAAGGCAUCGAGGGCUGGGUCAACGGCACGUUGCAGCAGUCGGCGGACAAAGUGCACAAGGUCGUCGUAGUGCACAAUGGGCGGGUCUGGAAUUAA